GAGAUGGAGGUGGAGAUGGAGGUGGAGGGGCAGGACGAGGAGGCGGAGAGGGAGAUGGCGCCGAAGAAGUUGCGCAUUCGUGGUGAAGCGCAAGUCCCUGAUGAGAGGAGGGAGCCUACUAGCCAGGAUGCGAAAGCCCUCAUCAUCCCGAACGAAAAAGACAAUUGGACAUAUGACAAGGGGGUUCGCCAGCCGUCGAGCAUGAUUGGAGCUCUUAUUAGGCAGUACUGGCCGGGCUUUUACACUCCGGUCCCCGGCGGCGAGAAGAAGCUAGCCGAGACUUGGGCGGACUAUGAGGCAGCUCCUUGCCCGGGCUUUGGGACAGCUUCUGACGCUGUGUACACCAAGUUUUGGGCUGAGCAGGGCACGAGGGUCAAGAAAGCCGACAAUAUCGGGGACGAUCCUCGGCUGACAAAGGAAGAUUACUUGAAGGUUAUGCCCCUAUGGUGCGAGAAUAAGGAAGACGCAUUUGAGGCCUUGGUAGCGAGGUGGGUUGGCGAAGACGCCGACUUCAACGCCAAGAGCGCGCGCAACAAGGAGGCGGAACUCGGGGAGCCUCUCACCGAGGUGGGAGGGUGGCGGAAGAUGAAGCCGAAGCAGCCCGAUCCGAGCCAGCCUCAGCCCUCGCUGCCCGAGUACUUCGGCUAUGCCGAAGAGGAGUUGGAGAAGUACUGCUCGGUGUUCAAGGGUCUUCAUCCGGAGGUGGAUGAUCCUAUUGAGCAGGAGACCGACUUGACGGCGAUUAUGGUGGCGGGGAGCGGCGCGGAGCAUGGCCGCACGAAGCUUCUUAGUGGGGUGAUCAAGCCGCAGAGGACCCUCACGCAGAUCAGGUCUACCCUCACCACCGGCGACCCACCGGUCGCGCCUCCUCGACACCGUCGUACGGAUGCUCACUUUGAGGCCGCCUACGCGGCCGCUUAUGAGAAGUAUUUGACGGUUGUAGCAGAGUGGGACCUCAAGAGAGCGGCUUGGGAAGAGUACCAGGAGGCGACGAGUCGUGUAAGUUCCAAUCUUUUAUGGUUCGAAGACAUGACAAGUCCCACCUCCCCUUUUUUUAUAUCUGCGGCGCUUGACAUCUAA